AUGGGAGUGAACCACGGCAACUGCUUCUCCUCCAAGGCAGAGGACCGACUGUUCAGGAAACUGUUCAGACGAUACAACCAGUUCAUCCGACCGGUGGAGAAUGUCUCCGACCCCGUCACGGUGGAGUUCGAGGUCUCCAUCUCGCAGCUGGUCAAAGUUGAUGAGGUGAAUCAAAUCAUGGAAACAAAUUUGUGGCUCAGACAUAUUUGGAAUGACUACAAACUACGAUGGACACCGGCAGAGUUUGAUGGGAUUGAGUUCAUUAGAGUUCCAUCAAACAAGAUCUGGAGACCUGACAUUGUGCUCUAUAACAACGCUGUAGGGGAUUUCCUGGUGGAGGAUAAGACCAAGGCCUUGCUGAAGUUUGAUGGUACCAUCACCUGGGUUCCUCCAGCCAUUUUCAAAUCCUCCUGCCCGAUGGACAUCACCUACUUCCCCUUUGACUAUCAGAACUGCUCCAUGAAGUUUGGCUCCUGGACUUAUGACAAAGCCAAGAUUGACCUGGUACUUAUUGGGUCCAAGGUGAACCUGAAAGACUUUUGGGAAAGCGGCGAGUGGGAAAUCAUCGACGCUCCAGGCUACAAACACGACAUCAAGUACAACUGCUGCGAGGAGAUCUACCCAGACAUCACCUACUCCUUCUACAUCCGACGCCUGCCACUCUUCUACACCAUCAACCUCAUCAUCCCCUGCCUCCUCAUCUCUUUCCUCACAGUGCUGGUUUUCUAUCUCCCAUCUGACUGUGGAGAGAAGGUCACGCUCUGUAUCUCCGUCCUGCUCUCCCUCACUGUGUUCCUGCUCGUUAUCACCGAGACCAUCCCCUCCACAUCGCUGGUCAUCCCGCUCAUUGGAGAGUACCUGCUCUUCACAAUGAUCUUCGUCACACUCAGCAUUGUCAUUACUGUGUUUGUACUGAAUGUACACUACCGCACGCCAAUGACCCACACCAUGCCGUGUUGGGUGCGCUCGGUGUUCCUCAAGGUGCUGCCGAGGAUUAUGCUGAUGCGGAGACCGAUUGAUGAAGACAGCAGGGCUGGGGGGUUGGACGGCAGUGGGGAGGCAGGAGGAGGAGCUGGAGGGGGAGGAGGAGGCGGAGGAGGAAAAGGAGGGAAGAAGCGGAAGAAUAGCUUGAUGCAGGUUGGAGGAGGAUCCCUCAACUGUCUGGAGUUCGGGGACAGUAAGGUCUCGUCGGUGGAGGGCUGCACCGGGAAGAAAUGCCCUUGUCCCUGCCAGCACGAGACCCCAGAAACACCAGAAGCUGGGAAGAUGACACGCCAGUUGAGUCCCCAGAGCAUCAGUACAGUGGUGGCCUUUUCCGUGGUGUCACCUGAGAUCAAGCAGGCCAUCGAGAGCGUCAAGUACAUCGCUGAAAACAUGAGGAGUCGGAACAAGGCCAAAGAGGUGGAGGAUGACUGGAAGUACGUUGCCAUGGUCAUUGAUAGAAUCUUCCUUUGGGUGUUUGUCACCGUGUGCGUCCUGGGAACCAUGGGCCUGUUCAUCCAGCCGCUUUUUGGCUUUGUCUCGUAA